AUGCAUGCUGUGGGCAUCCCAAAAGACUCUGCCCUAGGGUGUCUUCUAGAGAACUGCACACAAUUUAAAUUGGGCAAUUUAAAGAGAAAGAAAUUAACAUUGUACUGGGACGCCUGGAAAGAAAAAAAAAAGAAUGGGUCCUUAAAUUAUAACACCAUCUUACAGCUUGAUUUGUUUUGUAAACAGGAGAGUAAAUGGGAGGAAAUACCUUAUGUAAUGAUCUUUAUGGCACUUUAUCAACACCCAAAAUUAAAGGAAAAUUGUAGAAUGUGACCAGCUCAUUUUCCAGGAUUGGAAAAAAAAAAAAAAAUCUGAGAUUAGAUGACCUUGUAGGCCUGCCCCCCAGUAGGGUCCCUGAAUCUAAUGAGACCUCAGAUGCAAAGACCAGUCCUGCUGAGCCCCUUUCUGAUCCAAUGACUCCUCCUUCAUAUUGAGAGGUCCCCCACCUUUAUCCACCUUUGUCCCAGGAACAGAAUCCUGCUGUUACUCACAGAGGCACUCAUUAUCAACCCACUGAACCCAAGGCCUCUCAACUUCCACUAAGGUUGCAGAUGGAAACAGAGGCACCAUUGGGGCACACAUGCCAUUCUCCACGAGUGAUUUAUCCUGAUGUAUGGAAAAGUUUGAACCCAGCCAAAUUCUCUGAAAAAUAUGCUAGGUUAGAGGUGCCUGGGUGGCUCAGUUGGUUAAGCCACUGCCUUCAUGACUCAGGUCAUGAUACUGGAGUCCUGGAAUCAAGUCCCAUAUCAGGCUUCCCUGCCAGGGAGCCUGCUUCUCUCUCUCCUGCCUGCCACUCCUCCUGCUUGUGCUCACACGUGCUCUCUCCCUCUCUCUCCCUGUCAAAUAAAUAAAUAAAAUCUUU